GUAAACAGCAUUCGAGCAGGAAAAAAGCAGAGACACUUUUAAAGAAGCACACUUUUACGGAGCAAAAACUUGUGGAUUCAACAACCGCUGAAGGAGCAAGCGCUUGAGAAGAAAGCACACCUGGUGGAAAGAAAGGUCUGCAAGGAAGGACAGAUAUCAAAAAAGGCCCAUCUUUUUUGCUGGAAAAAGGGAAUAACAGGAGCUUAACGUAAAAAAGAAAGGACAAACACAGGGGCUUUUGGUCCAAAGAGAGAAGCCUAUUUCAAUUCAUCAUGGCCUCUUUGGCACUUGAACUCACUGGCAUCAUAUUGUCAGUGCUCGGCUGGGUUUUGGCAGUGACCAGUUGUGCUUUACCAAUGUGGAGGGUUUCGGCCUACAUCGGCGCCAACAUUGUCACAGCCCAGGAGUACUGGGAGGGGCUGUGGAUGAGCUGCGUGUUCCAGAGCACGGGGCAGAUGCAGUGUAAAGUCUAUGACUCCAUGCUGGCUUUACCAGCAGACCUGCAGGCUGCGAGGGCUCUCACUGUCGUCUCCAUCAUUGUCGGCCUUGUGGCUCUCCUCAUCGCUAUGAUAGGAGCAAAGUGCACCAACUGUAUAGAGGAAGAGGGGGUCAAAGCCAGGGUGAUGGCUUCCUCGGGUGGGGGGUUCAUUACAGCAGCUCUGGCUCAGUUGGUGCCUGUCUCCUGGUCAGCUCACACCAUCGUGGUUGAGUUUUACAGUCCGAUCAUCCCCACUGGUCAGAAGAUGGAAAUCGGAGCAGGCAUGUCCAUGGGUAUGGAGAUUGUGGGCAUUGCCCUCGGAGCCAUUGGAUUUAUCAUCGCCAUAGUCACAUGUGCACUGCCAAUGUGGAGGGUGUCAGCCUUCAUCGGAGCCAACAUCAUCACUGCUCAGACCAUCUGGGAAGGUUUAUGGAUGAACUGUGUCACCCAGAGCACAGGCCAGAUGCAAUGCAAAGUCUAUGACUCGCUGCUGGCUCUGCCUCAGGAGCUGCAGGCCUCCAGAGCCAUGAUGAUCAUCGCCAUCAUACUGGGCAUUCUAGGGGUCAUGAUAUCCAUUGUCGGGGCCAAGUGCACCAACUGCAUCGAAGACGAACCAUCGAAGGCUAAAGUGAUGAUCAUUUCUGGAAUCUUUUUCAUCCUUGGAGGACUUUUGGUCCUCAUACCCGUCUCCUGGACCGCCAGCGUCAUUAUCCGGGAUUUCUACAACCCCCUCGUGACCAGCGCACAGAGGAGGGAGCUUGGGGCAUCGCUCUAUAUCGGCUGGGGAGCUGCCGCCUUGCUGCUGAUAGGUGGGGCGAUGCUGUGCACCAGCUGUCCACCAAAGGAAGAGAAGUACAAGCCGCCUCGUAUGGCCUACUCAGCCCCACGCAGCACCAGUGCAGGUGGAGGGUAUGACAGGAAAGACUAUGUUUGAUUGCUUUGAUCAAUGACAAUUUUUGCUGUAGUUUUUCAGUGUAUUUGUGUAUUUUGUUUGCUGUUUAAAGAGUACAGGGUGAAUCCCACAGAAAGACUCCGAGAUGAAGUUGUGUGUACAAUAAUAAUCCGCUUUGCUUUAUCAUUCUGAAGCCUCUCUCCUAUAUAACCCAGAAUACAGACUCUUAAAGUGAAUCUUUUCCCUACGUUCCUUUGAGUGCAUGUUGUAUUUAUACUAAAAGCCUCUGUUGGCAUUAUGUGAAUCUGAAAACACCUACUUCUUUUAGCUCUAUCAUUAGCUGUGGGCCAGCUGGUGUCCUGUUUCACUGAAACUUUCAGUUAAAAUGCUCUAUGUCAUUUCCCUGACAAUACAGGGAAGCAGCAGCUCUCAUUUUACAUGGAUUUGGUUGUGUGAUUGUUCAGUGAGCGCGCGUGUGUGUAUCUAAGGUGUGUGUGUGUGUGUGGUGUGUGUGUGUUUUGCAUGUGAUAUUUGCUUAGGAGAGUUUCAGCUGAGACUGAAACUAAAGAUGGAUCCAUGAUAUGGCCUGAGGUAACAGCUUUAUCCUUCUCCUCAGUUUCACAGUCUAAGGACACCAAACAUAUUGUUGAACUUUUGUGUAUAUGUACCAGCUUAUUUUGUAUAUCUGUAAUUUAAAUUUUUUUGCAAUGUAUUGUGACAGUUCCAUUUUUCCUCAUGUCUGUGCUCCAGAUAGAUUUGUAUUAUGAAUACAUUUCAACUUGUUUUAACCUUUUGUAUGUUUGAAAGGCAAAGGCCUGGUUCUCUUUGUGUAAAACAAAUAUUAAUUAUGUAUUUGUAUGUAUGUUUACGUGUUUGUGUGACAGCCUGGGGGGAUGACUACAGCUGUUUUAGGAUGUUUGCUUCUAGAUCAGCAGGGUGUGUUUUAUGAAUACAACAGCAUUAUAGUCUAAUAUAUCUCGUCUAAGACUUCUAAUGUUCUAACUUUGUGUUGCUUAAACAGAUUUAUACAAUCAAACGCUUCUUGAAUGUUUUUAUAUUGCUUGAA